GCUCCCAGCUGCGCGUCGCGUCUCCCCGCCGCCAGCCGAACCCAACCCGGCUCCUGCUGUCCGGAUCGGUCUGCUCAGGUGACAGCUGGAACAUGUCUCGGGAGUUGCAGGACGUGGACCUUGCUGAGGUGAAACCUCUGGUGGAAAAAGGAGAGACCAUCACUGGCCUCCUGCAGGAGUUUGAUGUUCAGGAGCAAGACAUAGAGACUUUACAUGGCUCACUCCAUGUCACGCUCUGUGGAACCCCCAAAGGAAACCGGCCUGUCAUCCUCACCUACCAUGAUAUUGGCAUGAACCACAAAACCUGCUACAACCCCCUCUUCAACUCUGAGGAUAUGCAAGAGAUCACACAGCACUUUGCUGUCUGCCAUGUGGAUGCCCCGGGACAACAGGAUGGCGCUGCAUCUUUCCCUGCAGGGUACAUGUACCCAUCUAUGGAUCAACUGGCUGAAAUGCUGCCUGGAGUCCUUCACCAGUUUGGACUGAAAAGUGUUAUUGGCAUGGGAACUGGAGCUGGCGCCUACAUCCUCACUCGUUUCGCUCUGAACAACCCUGAGAUGGUAGAGGGCCUUGUUCUCAUCAAUGUAAAUCCCUGUGCAGAAGGCUGGAUGGACUGGGCUGCUUCCAAGAUUUCUGGAUGGACCCAAGCCCUUCCGGACAUGGUGGUGUCACACUUCUUUGGGAAGGAGGAAAUGCAGAAUAACGUGGAGGUGGUCCACACCUACCGCCAUCAUAUCAUCCAUGACAUGAACCCUGGCAACCUGCACCUAUUCAUCAAUGCCUAUAACAGCCGUCGGGACCUGGAGAUCGAGCGCCCCAUGCCUGGAACCCACACAGUCACCUUACAGUGUCCAGCUUUGUUGGUGGUUGGAGAUAAUUCUCCUGCCGUGGAUGCUGUGGUGGAGUGCAACUCAAAAUUGGACCCAACAAAGACCACGCUCCUUAAGAUGGCUGACUGUGGUGGCCUGCCUCAGAUCUCCCAGCCUGCCAAGCUCGCCGAGGCCUUCAAGUACUUUGUGCAGGGCAUGGGCUAUAUGCCCUCGGCCAGCAUGACCCGCCUGAUGCGAUCCCGCACAGCUUCAGGUUCCAGUGUCACCUCCCUGGAGGGCACCCGCAGCCGCUCCCACACCAGCGAGGGCACCCGAAGCCGUUCUCACACCAGUGAGGGCACCCGCAGCCGGUCCCACACCAGUGAGGGUGCCCGCUUAGAUAUCACUCCCAACUCUGGCACCACCGGGAACAAUGCAGGGCCCAAGUCUAUGGAGGUCUCCUGCUAAGUGGCCUGCAGGAAUGGCCACCCCUGGACUCUGGAUUGCUGUAGCUUCCCUUCCUCCAGUCCCUUCCUGUACCCCUGCCUGUACCUGCCAAAACACUUGUAACUCGAUGUUAAUCCAAAGCUUGUUUUGAGUAAGUGAGCUAG